AUGUCAGCCAAUCUUUUAUCAUUUUCUGACAUUCAAACCCUAGAAAGACAGAUUUCUCAGCUGAUUGACUUCAACCCCCUCACAGAGGCAGAAAUCAAACAAAUCUGCGAAAAAGCCCAAGAAAUUUUGUCAACAGAAAGCAAUGUCCAGCAUGUCCGAUGUCCUGUCACAGUUUGUGGGGACAUUCAUGGGCAGUUCCACGAUUUGAUGGAGCUUUUCAGAAUUGGCGGCUACCCUCCUGACACAAAUUAUUUAUUUAUGGGAGAUUAUGUAGACAGAGGCUAUUACUCAGUAGAAAGCGUCACAUUGCUCGUUUGCUUAAAAAUUCGCUAUAGAGACCGUAUUACAAUAACCCGCGGGAACCAUGAGUCUCGCCAAAUCACACAGGUUUAUGGGUUUUAUGACGAGUGUUUAAGGAAAUAUGGGUCAGCGACUGUCUGGAAAUACUUCACAGAUUUAUUUGAUUAUCUUCCAUUGGCAGCUAUUGUGGAAAACCAGAUUUUCUGCCUGCAUGGAGGGUUGUCUCCUUCAAUUGAUACAUUGGACCAUAUAAAGCAGCUGGACAGAGUCCAAGAAGUCCCUCAAGAAGGCGCAAUGUGCGAUUUAUUGUGGUCUGAUCCUGAUGAGCGGUCAGGAUGGGGGAUUUCACCUAGAGGAGCAGGCUAUACGUUUGGGCAGGACGUGUCUGACAGGUUUAAUCAUACAAAUAACUUGAAAUUAAUAGCAAGAGCUCACCAAUUGGUAAUGGAAGGCUAUAAUUGGUGUCAUGAAAGAAACAUGGUAACAGUCUUUUCUGCGCCCAAUUAUUGUUACAGGUGUGGAAACUUGGCUGGGUUCAUGGAGUUAGAUGAGUUCGGAAACCACUGCUUUAUCCAGUUUGACCCAGCACCCAGAAGAGCUGAGCCAAAUUUUAAUAUUAAGACACCUGACUAUUUUCUUUAA